AUGAACUAAGAAUUAAAUUAGUAAUAAAAUUCAAAGUUACAUAUAAAUCUAUUGUAGAAAUUAUGUUAAAAAGCUAUGACUAAGUGUUAAGAAGAAUAGACAAACUAAAAAUUUUAUUACAUACCUAAAAAAAGGAUCAGUUCAAAUUGUAAUAAAUAGAUACUGAAUUCCUUAUAAUAACAAUAAACUUAGAGAAUUAGUACUGAGAUAUCGUAAAAAAAUAGAAGAUAAAUAAUUAGUAAAAGGAAUAAUUAUUGUUGGAGUAGUUAAGAAAAUAUUAACGAAAAAAAUAAAUAAAUAACAAAUUUAUCUCUUAGAGCUUUGAAAGAUGAUUGUUUGUAAAAAGAAUAAAUUAGAUUUCAUAUACCUAAAUUGUCUUUGGGAAAUGAGAAAUAGAUGAGAUUGAUACAGUUAAAUAAAUAGCUUUAGAGUUUAACAAGCAGAUAAACAGUGAAAAGAUAAUCGUCUCCAAUUAAUUUAUAAUUGAGAAAAGUUAAUAAUGAAUGUUUGAUUUAAAAUAGAUAAAAAUAGUUAGACUAAAUGUUUGAAGCGUAAAAGAAGAUAGUGAAACAUGUAAUUCAUUAAGAUGAAUAUUUUAAUGAUAUUUUCAUCUAAUUAUAGAAGUCCAUUAUUUAAUGA